AUACCCGAUAUCGCAGUGCGAUAUUUUCUCCCGCAGCUGGAUCUCUCUGAUGGUUGGAGCUGGCAAUGUCUGCAACUAAGUAACAGCCGCCAGAGACAAUGGCGUCGCAAAACCAUGGAAGCGACCAGGACAUUCGGCCGGGGAAUCAGUCGAUACCGUUGCAAGAUCUGUCGAGACCUCCCGAGGCCGUUGCAGCCGAUGAGCGUGGUCGCAGAAGACGGACGAAUAGCGCUGGCAGUCCUCUCAGCACACAUGGAUCCAGGAGGUCGUUGAUCGGAAGAGGAUCGUUGAGGAGAUAUGAGCGCAUUGCAGAAGAUUCCCCUAGUCCUAUCGAGAGGACUGGCUCUUAUAUGAACCAGCCAACACGUGCAGGCGCGCGACCCGUACCGUCUCCUUAUGUCUCUGAUCCGGGUGACGCCUCGCCCAUCGAAGAUCCAGCAGGCUUUGCGGCAGCGAUGACAUCUGUAGGGCUAAGUUUCGAUGGCCCACAACCGCAGACACCACCAUCAUAUCCCAGGGGGCUGGCAUCUCGAGGGAACAGUUACACGGAGGGUAAUCUGGAGCGCAACAGCACGAACGAAAUGGACGACUUUCUGGGUCCUACGGAUACAAAUGAAGACACAACACCCUUGACAAAUCGGCAGUACCUGCAGCCAAUGGAUGGGGCAUCAGAUGCUGGAAGAUCUUAUGAUGACAGAAGCAGCACGCAUACAGUCCAUCUCACGGACGGGGUUCGGCCAGGCUCGCGACUCGGUGACGAUUUGCCCAAUCUUGAAAGCGGCACAGGAAGACGUGCGGACCGUUCUCGGUCCCUGUCUCCUUCGGCAUCUGGUUCUGCACUUUCAAGAGCCGGUUCGAUGAUGCGGAUGAUGUCUCAGCGUGUGGUUAACCUAAGUAACGAACCGGAAGUGGUGGAGCAGUCAUUAAGACGUAGAGAUUCGUUGAAGAGCGCACGUCUUGAAGGACCACCCCCGCUUCCUGCGAUGACCGAGUAUGCGCACGAUACGUCCUCUACUACGUCGCUGAAGGUGGAACCUCAGAUCGAAAAGCCUCGUCCCCGGAGCAAGGAUUGGAGAUAUCGAUCGAAUCCGCUUCGAGGCAGGUCGCUCGGCAUACUCGCCCCUGACAAUCCUUUACGCAUGCGACUAUGUGAUAUUCUCGUGCAUCCUUUCACGGAACCCUUCAUUUUGAUAGUUAUCAUCGUUCAGACUGUCUUGCUUGCUGUUGAGUCUGCGCACCCGGUCUUUGUGCAUCCGAGGUCAAGACGUUGGGGGUCGUCCAACCUAGACUAUGCAUUUUUUGUUAUUUUCAUCAUAUACACUCUAGAGUUAAUUGCUAGGAUCUUGGUCUCAGGAUUUAUCAAGAAUCCUACAGAGUAUAGCACUCUGAAUCGGUCAUUGGGGGCGAGAAAAGCAUUGGCUGAGAAAACGAAGAACCUCUUCACGCCACAGCGCCAAUUAUCUACGAAGAAACCUACUACGGAGCCAGUGGAACUGCAGCCUUCGGUUAUACGGACGUUCACGGGCAUGAACCCUCAAGAAGAUCUAGACGAUCCUCUGCAGAGGCAGCGCGUCCGACUUGCACAUCGUGCCUUUCUCCGACACUCUUUCAAUCGACUCGAUUUUGUUGCUGUCAUAUCAUUUUGGAUCUCAUUCGGACUUUCUCUAACAGGAUAUGAGUUUGACCAUCACAUGUACGUCUUUCAGAUGAUGAGCUGUCUCCGGAUUCUUCGUCUCCUAGGGCUCACCAAUGGAACAUCUGUGAUUCUUCGAAGUCUCAAAAAGGCAGCUCCUUUACUGGUCCAUGUCGCAUUCCUGAUUGGCUUCUUCUGGCUUCUAUUCGCAAUUGUCGGAAUACAGAGCUUUAAGUCAAGCUUAAGACGGACCUGUACAUGGAUCGGACAGGAUGGUCAAGAUAACUUCACAUCGAAUGACGCUUAUGGUACCCUCCAGUUUUGUGGUGGUUAUCUUGAUGCAGUUGACGGGUCACCAAAACCGUGGGUCACCGCUGACGGCGUGGCAUCUGGAUUUACGCCCAAGGGAUACUUGUGUCCCCAGGGUUCCGUUUGCGUUGAAGGGUCUAAUCCUUACAACGGCACCGUCAGCUUUGACAAUAUCCUCCAAUCUCUCGAACUCGUGUUUGUAGUUAUGAGCUCAAAUACGUUCACGGAUCUUAUGUAUUAUACCACCGACAGCGAUUAUCUGGCCUCCGCUCUAUUCUUCGCUUUCGGCAUCGUGAUCCUUAGUCUGUGGCUGGUCAACUUGCUCGUCGCUGUUAUCACUUCGUCAUUCCAGGUUAUCCGAGAAGAGAGCAAGCGGAGUGCCUUUGCGGUUGACAAGAUCGAUGAGCCUGGUCAGACAGAGACAACCCCUCACAAGGUCAGCCAGCUCAAACGUCUAUAUGACAAGACCUACUGGCUUUGGAUUUCUGUCAUCGCUUUCGACCUGGUUGUUCAAUGUCUGAGGAGUUCCACUAUGGGUGAGGACCGUGCGGCGUUCAUAAACAAUACUGAAGUUGGUGUCACGUUCGUGCUCUUAAUUGAGAUCAUCCUUCGUUUCGCCUCCGACUGGCGGCGAUUCCACAAGAGCCGUCGCAAUUGGGUUGAUCUGGCACUCGCGGUGAUUACGUGCGUUAUAUUGCUCCCGCCGAUCAGAACUGAUGAGCGUGCAUACUCGGCCCUCACGCUCUUCCAAGUCUUGCGCAUCUACCGGAUUGUCCUUGCCUUUGCUGUGACACGAGACCUUAUCAUGAUCGUGUUCCGCAACACAGUUGGUCUCCUUAAUCUUAUAUUAUUCGUGUUUCUGAUCACGUUUCUUGCCGCGAUAUUUGCAGCGCAGCUGUUCCGUGGACAAAUCCCACAACAGGAUGAUAAUGGCAACACCGUCGAAAUGAAUUUCUUUACUAUAUACAACUCAUUCCUUGGGAUGUAUCAGAUUCUAUCAAGCGAGAACUGGACCACGAUACUCUACGACGCGACGAACUUCACUUCCGGUUUCCAUACGUCUUGGAUCUCUGCUUCCUUCUUCAUCAUGUGGUUUAUCCUGGCCAGCUUCAUCAUCCUUAACAUGUUCAUUGCCGUCAUCCAAGAGAGUUUUGAUGUGUCCGAAGAUGAAAAACGACUCCAACAGGUGAAAGCAUUUCUACGGGAGAAACAUGUCGCUGGUCCCUCUCAAGGGAAUCUGCCUCUUUUGUCAAUCUUCAAAUUUGGUCGCAACAGCGACAGGUAUAGAGACCCUCUGGACCAUGGUCCGGCGGCUCUCGAGAUGUUGCUAAAAGAUGCAGUAGUGCAUGAGUUCCUUGAUGAGCAGGAUACACCAGUUGAGCCUCGUCGGGCAGAUAGCAUACCGCUGGCGGUAGCCCCAGAGGAGCCAGCUCGGCCUGGAUUCUGGGCAAAGAUUCGGGGCAAGAUAACCUCGCUGGUGACUAAUAAGGAACCAAAUCCGUUCUAUUCGAAACUUCAGGUCUCUCGUGAAUAUGAUCACCUGGAUCCUAGAAGUAUGGCGAGGGAAGUUGUUUCGGCUGCAGAACAACGGAAGCGAGCACAGAGAGAAUACCUGCAAAACCAUCCGAAUUACAACAAGUCUCUCUUCAUUUUCGCGCCGAAUAACCCCGUUCGAAGAUUCUGCCAACGCAUUGUCGGACCAGGACGCGGUACCCAGCGUUUCGAAGGAGUAGAUCCAUAUAAACCCGUCUGGUAUACUUUCUCUGCAUUUAUUUAUGCAGCCAUUGUUGCCAUGGUCUUGAUUGCUUGUAUCACCACGCCGAUAUACCAGCGAGACUAUUCGAUGAAGCAUCGAGAAUUAGUGCUCGAUCAAGAGGGAAAAGUCAUCAACAGCACAUAUGGUGCUCGCAAUUGGUAUGUGUGGACCGACAUGGGCUUUGCGGCGCUAUUCACCAUUGAGGCUAUCAUCAAAGUCAUCGCUGAUGGGUUGUUUUGGACACCCAAUGCCUAUUUCCGCAGCUCAUGGGGCUUUAUAGAUGGUGUUGUCUUGAUAACCCUCUGGAUCAAUGUCAUAACCUCACUCUUUCAAAAUGGAACCGCAUCUAGAGCUGUCGGGGCUUUCAAAGCUCUGAGGGCUCUGAGACUUCUUAACGUGAGUGACAGCGCGAGAGACACCUUCCAUUCGGUCAUUAUUCUUGGAGGAUGGAAGGUCAUUUCCGCUGCAUUUGUCUCCAUGAGUUUUCUCAUCCCGUUUGCCAUUUAUGGACUAACCCUUUUCAACGGGCAAAUGAUUUCAUGCAACGAUGACAAUAUACCAAAUGGAAACUUAUCAUAUUGCGUGGACGAAUACAUGAGCAGUCCGUACAACUGGGAUGUACUCGCACCGAGGGUCGCCGCAAAUAGUUAUUAUAGCUUCGAUAAUUUCGGCGACGCUCUUUUCAUUCUGUUCCAGAUUGUCUCCCAGGAGGGCUGGAUAGAUGUCCAAUGGAGUGCCAUGAGUAUGACGGGAAAAGGCCAUCAACCCCAACCUUAUGCUUCACAAGCCAACGGACUUUACUUCAUCGUCUUCAACUUGCUCGGUGCGGUCUUCGUCUUGACCCUGUUCGUUUCUGUCUUCAUGCGAAACUACACGGAGCAGACGGGUGUUGCCUUCUUGACUGCAGAGCAGCGCUCCUGGCUGGAGUUGCGCAAGCUUCUUCGACAGAUCUCGCCUUCUAAAAGAUCGAUUAACGCCAGAAGUAAAAGAUGGAAGAUCUGGUGUUAUCGUAUUGCUGUCAAGAAGCAUGGCAGAUGGCCAAGAUGUGUCACGACAAUACUUCUCCUUCAUUUGACACUGCUUAUUCUUGAGUUCUAUCCUUCGGUCACUUGGUGGGAUACUACGAGAGAGGCUUUGUUUUUCAUCUUUACGUGGUUUUACAUCGCGAACGUAGUGAUCCGCAUCAUCGGAUUGGGCUGGCACCGUUUUCGCAAAAGCUCGUGGGACCUCUACUCCGUCCUGUCUGUAUCUGGCACCUUCAUCACGACUCUGCUCGCCUUCGGCUCUACUAGCCAAGCAAUCAUCGAAUUGAACAAGCUAUUCCUCGUGUCCAUCACCCUCCUUAUCAUUCCAAGGAAUAACCAGCUCGAUCAACUCUUCAAGACUGCCGCGGCUAGUCUUACAGCGAUUGGCAACCUCUUGGCUACGUGGUUCGUCCUGUUCCUCGUAUAUGCCAUCGCUAUGACUCAGACUUUCGGCCUCACCAAGUUUGGUAGCAACGAAAACAACAAUCUCAAUUUCAGAGAUGUGCCUAAGGCCCUGAUAUUCCUUUUCCGCACCAGCUGCGGAGAGGGUUGGAAUCAACUGAUGGAAGAUUUUGCGACCAUGCAACCCCCUCAAUGCACACUCUCGGAAGAUUUCUUCGGGAGUGACUGUGGCAGUCCGGCCUGGGCUCGUGGGCUAUUUAUUACGUGGAACAUCAUCAGCAUGUAUAUCUUCGUCUCCUUGUUUGUGUCUCUUAUUUUCGAGAGUUUCUCCUACGUGUACCAGCGAAGCAGUGGUCUUUACGCUAUCAACAGGGAGGAACUUCGUCGCUUCAAGCAGGCAUGGUCGACGUUCGAUCCCGAUGGAACUGGAUACAUCUCGAAGGAACAGUUCCCUCGGCUGCUCGGGGAAUUGUCUGGGAUCUUCGAAAUGCGCGUAUACGACGGCGAAUUUACAGUCGGUAGGAUCUUGGAGAGGUGCCGGACGAUUCCCAGCGGCGCUUUUACAAGAUCGGGACCUGUCGAAGGUGUUGAUCUGGACGAACUUCGAAGAAUCAUCAAUCGUAUCCCCGUGAAUACGAUAAGAGCUAGACGAGCAAAGCUGAAUGUCUUCUACGAAGAAGUCCUGGUGUCCGCUGACCCCGACUUUGGUAUCUCUUUCACGUCAUGCUUGAUGAUUCUUGCACACCACAAUGUGAUUAGCGACAGCAAGAGCUUGAGACUGGAGGAAUUCUUACGACGACGCACAAGGUUGCAACGCGUUGAAGAGACGGUUCGUCGUAAGACCGUUAUCGGUUUCUUUGAUACGUUGUACUGGUCUCGUCAAUUCCGCCGCAACAUCCAGGCCAAGAGCCUAGGCCGCAUGACAGCUGUGCCGCAGUUCGCCGUCCCAGAAAUUUUCGUCGACCACGGCGACGGAGAGGGGCCUGAGUGGGACAACGAUAACACUGCCAUUACUCCCAGUCAUGCUUCCAGCGAGCCGUCCUCACCCAUGUUGUCACCUGCGACGCGGAAUCGGGGAUCCUCCAUCGCCUCGAGAGGCGCUGGCCUUCCUCGGAUUGACACGACUCUCGCCGGACAUGGAUCAGGAGCAAGCACGCCAACUGAGUGGGCUGCCAUUAGUCCAUCGUUGUCUCCUCGCCGUCCCAUGGAAGUAGAAACUUCAUAUUUCGGCGCGUCAGGGCCGGACGAUUCCGCCAGUCCCAGGAGCUCUCGGGAUAACAGCGGCAUGAAUGUGAACGAUGUCAUGGAAUCACUUGAUAACUCAGCCUGGGGAGAAAGUAUCAGACGGAGCUUCACCCAGCAUCGUUCGAGGGAUUAAGUUGCACCCUCUUCCUUUGUCUUCGAGGGCAUGCCGCUCGCGCAUCGGAUGCAGUCAAUGUACAUUCUACAAACAUAUGUUACUUAUACGAGAGAUGGCGUCACGAAACCAGAACCACGGGAGACGGGGUCACCUUCCGGAUUCGCUUCUGUCAGGUCAGGUACCGAUUUCCUUAACAACAUUGUCCUUUCAUUACGUUGCAGCCGGGAAGAAGGAAAGCGCCUCUACUUACUUCCACGCCUGUAGCGGUAUCAUUCUGCACAUAUGUUCUAGAAAGCAGUGGACGCAUGCAGGGUCUCUUGAUUGAGCAAG